CUAAGAUUCCAGAUGGCAAAUUCUAUGAAUGGCAGAAACCCUGGUGGUCGAGGAGGAAACCCCCGGAAGGGUCGAAUUUUGGGUAUUAUUGAUGCUAUUCAGGAUGCAGUUGGACCUCCUAAGCAAGCAGCAGCAGAUCGCAGGACUGUGGAGAAAACUUGGAAACUCAUGGACAAAGUGGUGAGACUGUGCCAAAAUCCCAAACUUCAGUUGAAAAAUAGCCCACCAUAUAUACUUGAUAUUUUACCUGAUACAUAUCAGCAUUUGCGGCUUAUAUUAAGUAAAUAUGAUGACAACCAGAAACUUGCCCAACUCAGUGAGAAUGAAUAUUUUAAAAUCUACAUUGAUAGUCUAAUGAAAAAGUCCAAACGGGCAAUAAGACUCUUUAAAGAAGGCAAGGAGAGGAUGUAUGAAGAACAGUCACAGGACAGAAGAAAUCUCACAAAACUCUCCCUCAUCUUCAGUCAUAUGCUGGCAGAAAUCAAAGCAAUCUUUCCCAACGGUCAAUUCCAGGGAGAUAACUUUCGUAUCACAAAAGCAGAUGCGGCUGAAUUUUGGAGAAAGUUUUUUGGAGACAAAACUAUUGUACCAUGGAAAGUAUUCAGACAGUGCCUUCAUGAGGUCCAUCAAAUUAGCUCUGGCUUGGAAGCAAUGGCUCUAAAAUCAACAAUUGAUUUAACUUGCAAUGAUUACAUUUCAGUUUUUGAAUUUGAUAUUUUUACCAGGCUAUUUCAGCCUUGGGGUUCUAUUUUACGGAAUUGGAAUUUCUUAGCUGUGACGCAUCCAGGCUACAUGGCAUUUCUCACGUAUGAUGAAGUCAAAGCACGGUUGCAGAAAUACAGCACCAAACCCGGAAGCUACAUAUUUCGGUUAAGCUGCACUCGAUUGGGACAGUGGGCCAUUGGCUAUGUGACGGGGGAUGGCAACAUCUUACAGACCAUACCUCAUAACAAGCCCUUAUUUCAAGCUCUGAUUGACGGCAGCAGAGAAGGAUUCUAUCUUUAUCCUGACGGGAGGAGUUAUAAUCCUGAUUUAACUGGAUUAUGUGAACCUACACCCCAUGAUCAUAUAAAAGUUACACAGGAACAAUAUGAGUUAUAUUGUGAAAUGGGCUCCACUUUUCAGCUUUGUAAAAUCUGUGCAGAGAAUGACAAAGAUGUCAAGAUUGAGCCUUGUGGGCAUUUGAUGUGCACCUCUUGCCUUACAGCAUGGCAGGAGUCAGAUGGCCAGGGCUGCCCCUUCUGCCGCUGUGAAAUAAAGGGAACAGAGCCCAUAAUCGUUGAUCCGUUUGACCCCAGGGAUGAAGGCUCCAGGUGCUGCAGCAUCAUUGACCCCUUUGGCAUGCCGAUGCUGGACUUGGAUGAAGAUGAUGACCGAGAGGAGUCCUUGAUGAUGAAUCGGUUGGCAAAUGUUCGAAAGUGCACUGACAGGCAAAACUCACCAGUCACAUCCCCAGGAUCUUCUCCCCUUGCACAGAGAAGAAAGCCCCACCCAGAUCCUCUUCAGAUCCCACAUCUAAUCCUGCCACCAGUGCCUCCUCGCCUGGAUCUCAUUCAGAAAGGGAUAGUUCGGUCUCCCUGCAGCAGCCCAACUGGUUCACCAAAGUCAUCUCCUUGCAUGGUGAGGAAACAAGAUAAACCACUCCCAGCACCACCUCCUCCCUUAAGAGAUCCUCCUCCCCCUCCGCCGGAGAGACCUCCGCCAAUCCCUCCUGACAAUAGACUGAGUCGACACUUCCAUCAUGUGGAAAGUGUGCCUUCCAGAGACCAGCCCAUGCCUCUCGAAGCCUGGUGCCCUCGAGAUGUGUUUGGGACUAAUCAGUUGGUGGGAUGUCGACUACUAGGGGAUGGCUCCCCCAAGCCUGGAAUCACAGCGAGUUCAAAUGUAAAUGGCAGACAUAGUAGAAUGGGCCCUGACCCAGUGAUUCUACGGAAACAUAGAUGCCAUGAUUUGCCUUUAGAAGGAACCAAGGUUUUUUCCAAUGGUCACCUGGGAGAUGAAGAAUAUGAUGUUCCUCCCCGGCUCUCUCCUCCUCCUCCAGCUGCCACCCUCCUCCCUAGUGUAAAGUGUACUGGUCCUUUAGCAAGUUCCGUUUCAGAGAAAGCAAGAGACCUAGUAGAGGAAGAUGACAAUGAAUACAAGGUUCCUUCAUCCCAUCCCGUGUCCCUGAAUUCACAACCAUCUCAUUGUCAUAAUGUAAAACCUCCUGUUAGGUCUUGUGAUAAUGGUCAUUGUACAUUGAAUGGAACACAUGGUACCCCUUCAGAGAUGAAGAAAUCAAACAUCCCUGAAUUAGGCAUCUAUUUAAAGGGAGAUGUUUUUGAUUCAGCCUCUGAUCCAGUGCCAUUGCCACCUGCCAGGCCUCCAACUCGGGACAAUCCAAAGCAUGGUUCUUCACUCAACAGGACGCCCUCUGAUUAUGAUCUUCUCAUCCAUCCAUUAGGUGAAGAUGCUUUUGAUGCCCUCCCUCCAUCCCUUCCACCUCCCCCACCUCCUGCAAGGCAUAGUCUUAUCGAACAUUCAAAACCACCUGGCUCCAGUAGCCGACCAUCCUCAGGACAAGACCUUUUCAUUCUUCCUUCAGAUCCAUUUUUUGAUCCAGCAAGUGGCCAAAUUCCUCUGCCUCCUGCUAGGAGAGUACCCGGUGAAAAUGUCAAAUCCAACAGAACAUCACAGGACUAUGAUCAGCUUCCUCCCUGUCCAGAUGGUUCACAAGCACCAGCCAGGCCCCCUAAACCACGACCCCGCAGGACUGCACCGGAAAUUCACCACAGAAAACCCCAUGGGCCUGAGGCAGCAUUGGAAGAUGUAGAUGCAAAAAUUGCAAAACUCAUGGGAGAGGGUUAUGCCUUUGAAGAGGUGAAGAGAGCCUUAGAGAUAGCCCAGAAUAAUGUCGAAGUGGCCCGUAGCAUCCUUCGAGAAUUUGCCUUCCCCCCUCCGGUCUCCCCACGUCUCAAUCUAUAGCAGCCAAGACUGUAAACACCAAAAUGUAAAGCAAUCGAUGACUAUUCCAGGAGUGUGGAAUGGAGUGCAGAAAUGAGAUGUGAUUCAGGAAAGACGAGGUCUCCUCCUCAUCUGGCAUCUUGAGAAGAGAGACUUGAGAAAUGCAGCUUCUUGGAAGAAAACAGCUGCUUGUUCAGGAUGUCCACGCCUGCCACUUGCUAAUUUUUGCUAGCCAUACUUUUAAAUCAGGGUUGAACUGACAAAAAUAAUUUAAAGACGUUUACUUCCCUUGAACUUUGAAUCUGUGAAAUGCUUUUCCUUGUUUACAAGUUGGUGAAGUUGCAGUUUGCUUUUGUUUUUGUGUUGUUGUUUGGAUACCUGUACUGUGUUCCUGACGAGCCCUUCGUAGUGGUCAGGUCUGCUGUGACAUUUCCCACCACAUCCCUUGCUGUCCACAUCAACAGCUAAAUCAUGUAUUCGUUUCAAUCUCUCCCACUCCCCAACCCCCGGAGGUCCAGUUCCAUUUCUCGUUUACAAGACGAUUCUGAUUUUCAAACUUACCAAACUAAUGCAAAAACAAAAACCAUGUGUGGCCUUCAUUACUGAGUCUUUUCUUUGGAAGCCAUUGCUGUUAAGAGAUGGGGAAAAUCUGAAUAUAUAAAGGAUUUUUUUUCAAUGAGCUGCCUUUUCUGAGGGCCCUUCACAGUGAUACAGAGAGCACUUCCCUUUUUUGUGUAAGUUUUGUUACUUUUAAUCCUCCAUAUUCUCAUCUCUGUCAUCCCAGGGUGUCACGACUCUGCAAAAAUCUAAAGUAUUAGAAAGCAGCUACUGUAGAUGUGGAGAAAUACACUUGCAUAUGGCAGCGCUGUACUGAAGUCAUGUAAUGAGGUCACCUGCUAUUUACGCCUUCGUUGCUUUGGGACAUGCUGAACAACAAGGCUGUCUCCCUGAAGUAUAGUAAUAAUCUUCAGAUUAAAUUAUGGUCACACCUUUCCCAAAGUGGAAUAGAGUCCAUUUCCUAUUUGAGUGAUUACACUCUGGUUCCUAACAGCUUCAGGAGCCAUUCCAUACUGCAGUGGAAAUGUUAAACCUUUGAUGCACUGUUAAGUGCUAAUGCUACUGUGGCAAUGUUUUUUGCAAAGGUCUUAGUAAUUUUCUCUCUGCAAUCAAAUUAAGAGUUCAUAUCUAAUUUCUAGAUUCUCUCAUUUAUUGUUCCAUCCAGUUAGGUGAAAGAAACUAGUUUUGCCUUUUUUGCAAAACAGUGGUUGGUUCUUCAGAAACUGCGUUAUUACUUUUAAUAAAUUUCCAAAUAUUUAUUGAGCAUCUGUAAUGUGCUCAUCUGUAUUAGGCACUGUGUUUUUAAAGCACAAACUGUCACAAGCAGAUUCCAGUAUAAUGUUUCGUUAUUCUUUAUAUACAUUUUUGAUGGCAAAAAUCUAAUGGACAAAGCCUAGGAGUUUCAACUAGAGCUUCUGAAUUUUCAUGCAACUUGCUUUUUCCUUCUUUCCUAAUGAGAAGUUAGUGGAAAAAUGAGAGACAAAACCAUUUCUCUUUAAAAUGCAUGAACCCGUAGAAGGGUUUCUAAAUAUGGACUAAUUGUGGGUUUGGGAUGUUUCUGCCACUCCUUUCUCUGUCACAUAUAUCAGAGCGAGCCUCUCUACAGGACUGGAAAGGAUACAACCAAAACAUCUAGCAUGGGUUCAGAGAAAAGAGCUGACCCCGUGGAAAUUAAUAUAGACAGCCAGGUUGACCUGGGGAGGGGGCUGGACGCAUUCCUUUACAAAGUGGCAUGUGCCCUUUCUUUAAGGAUUUGCUUUCAUGAGAUGAGGUGUAGCUUGAGAAGUCACAGGCCUGCAUAGUUGUGCUCUUGUUGGAAUUUCUUCAGGUGAUUCCCAGCUGGUUAUGUGCCUAAAGGGGGACUUUUAAUUUGCCUUAGAUGUUCUUCCUGUGAGUAUGUAUUUGAAUGCAGAUUUUUACACUUUUUAAAAUUUCUUUGUUGCCAUAUGAAUUCCCAUGUCAUGUCAUCAUGAUUUUUCACUUGUUUUAACAGUCUUCGGUGUCACAUGGAAAGGACCGUAUAUAUUUUGGCCUUUUAAUGUCUUGCUGAUCAUAGGCACAAUCUAAAAGUCAAAAGUUGCCCCUUUGUUGUGAUAACAUUGUGAUAACAUUCCUUAUUGAUUAGGGAAUAAUGCUAAAUAAGAAUGUUAAAAAAGCAGUACAUUCUCAUUCAAAAAAUAACUAAUUUAUUUAAAAAUAUAAAAGAUUAGUGAAGAUGUAGUGAAUUUGAACCUCUAGUUUAAAAAAAUUUCUUUUGCAAAGAAAAUUUAGCAAUUUAAACCAGCAUAUCUCUGCCUGUUGUACUCAGUAGUAACCUUUAAUUUUGUCAUUAAAGAAUUAAUCAAAAAACUCCAGUGUAAAUGGAAUGGAAAGAGGGAAGCUUUCUAGCAAACACUGUCAUCAAUAACCGAUAAUUGAUUGCUACAGCGGUACAUGCCACCACCACCUGCUGCACAGGUCCUAGAGAAU